AUGCCCGCCUGUUACCGCUUCACGCGUCCUCAGCUGGUAUUUAUCGGCGUCUGUUCCGCCUAUCUUUGCCAGGCGCGACUAAGGGGUGAGGAAGAUGCUUUCCUUGAAAGUUUCUUCCGCAUCUACUUCUCCCGGUAUCCACUUCAGCGGCAGCACCAUCCCACCAUAGAGUCUGAGGAGUACGCGCGAGAAUUCAUUACUGGUCGUGUUCGACGACGGCUUCAUCGCGGUACAGUGGCGUUUGUAGGGCUUCGCCCCCUGAGUGACUGGAAACAGCUCGAGGGUUUUAGCUAUCGACAAUGGGGGAAAGAGCUAAACCAUCUCUACGCCCAACUCGGUCUCCCGCCCAGCCCCGGUUCAGGGCCAAGACCUCGAAAAGUUCGUGUCAAUAAGCAUUAG